ACUUGGUGGUUAGUGGAACGAUUACGCCCCAUUGUUGGUGUCAGUGGAAGGAAUGGUGCCCCAUUGUUGGUGUCAGUGGAAGGAAUGGCGCCCCAUUGUUGGUGUCAGUGGAAGGAAUGGUGCCCCAAUGUUGGUGUCAGUGGAAGGAAUGGUGCCCCAUUGUUGGUGUCAGUGGAAGGAAUGGUGCCCCAUUGUUGGUGUUAGUGAAAGCAAUGGUGCCCCAUUGUUGGUGUUAGUGAAAGCAAUGGUGCCCCAUUGUUGGUGUCAGUGAAAG